UGUUUGUGCACAUUAGGUUUCCUCAAACACAGAGACUGUUCUUGGACUACUGCUGCUGCAGUGCUUGAGAGGACCAUGCUCUUUCCCACACAGAUUUGUAUGCUUUUUCUAGUUGAAUUGGUCAAUGCUGCAGAGCAGAGCGUUCCUGACAAAAACACUGGCUGUGUGUACGGUCACCCCGGGAUCCCUGGAGACCCAGGACACAAUGGAAUGCCAGGACGUGAUGGCAGAGAUGGGGCCAAAGGUGAUAAAGGAGAUAGAGGUGAUAUAGGAACUUGCGGCACAGCUGGUAAAGAAGGACCAAAAGGAGAUAAAGGAGAACCUGGUGUUUCUGGCAUAGCUGGUGUGAAAGGAAAGCGUGGAGACAAUGGAGAAAGGGGUCCACCUGGCAAAAUGGGGCCCCAAGGCUUCCCAGGGCCAUUGGGUUUAAAAGGUCAGAAGGGAGAACUUGGUUUGCCAGGACAACAGGGCAUCAAAGGGGACGUGGGUCCUACAGGCCCUGUGGGACCACAAGGAGACAUUGGCUAUAAGGGAGACAAGGGCAUACAGGGUCCUUUGGGGCCCCCAGGGCGACCAGGCCCAAAAGGUGAAGUCGGCCAUCCAGGUAUCAAAGGCAGCAUUGGUGUUCGUGGUGAGAAAGGGUCAAAAGGGGACAUUGGGGAACAAGGCCCAAAGGGGGACAUGCCUGAGAUCCCAAAAAGUGCCUUCUCAGCCAGACUGAGUGAAAGCUCCAAAUUACCUGCUGCUAACACUCCAAUUCUCUUUGAUAAAAUCAUCUAUAACCGUCAGGGACACUAUGAUCCUCAGACUGGCCGCUUUACUUGUGCCAUCAGAGGAGUGUAUUAUUUCACCUACCAUAUCACUGUGUUCUCUCGCAAUGUAAAAGUGGUCCUGAUGAAGAAUGGGCAGCGAGUGAUCUACACUAUGGACAGCUAUCAAGGUGGUGAGGACCAGGCUUCUGGAGGAGCAGUCCUAGAACUGGAAGCCGGAGACAAAGUGUGGUUGCAAGUGGCUGAUAAACUGCUGUUUAAUGGGUUAUAUGCAGAUGAAGAUGACGACACAGUUUUUUCUGGCUUUCUCCUCUUUGCAACCUAAAGACGCUGCUACGAAUGGCAAUUUAGUGGUACAAAACCAUACUUUGAAAUAAGAUAUUUUAAAUUCACUAAAUGUCAUCAUAAUAUUCUGUAAAAAUGUCAAUCAUUAUGUUUCUUAAAUUCAUUUGUGACAAAAA